CAGCUGAUUGUCAUGCAUGUUGUCAUGUUAUUAUUUUCAAAUUACAAUUCAUAUUCAUCAUAAAAUGCAUCAUCCUUGAUAAUGUCGAACAAGUCGUGUGGAGUUUAAGGGAAGAAUCAAAGUAUUUAUUGAUUCUGGAAGCACAAGACUUGGUUGCUGUGUUGAAUUAAAAGCUAUAGUAGUAGUCUCUGAGAGCUUUAAAAUGAAAUAUCAGAAUAUUCAUAUUCUGUUUUAAUUUGUCUGUCUAACGUAAUUUUAUACGUAUUUUAAGAAUGAAUUUCGUAAAGUGGGCUACCGCGAGUACAUUUCAAAUUGUAUCAUGUCUUUUUCUUUUGUUAUAUUUUUUGGGAGUAUUGAACAUGAAUUUCAGUGAUAAAAAUAAUUAUUGUGUCAUGACAUAUAUGUUUGAAUAUCCCCAAUUUGUGCGCAUAUCAUUAGAUGAAAAUAGAAAUUUCCCUCAAUAUGGACUUUAUGCAUAUAGUGAAGGAAGGCUUACAGAAAAAGCACGAAAGAUGUGGUUUGAUGGUAUACCAGUCCUUUUCAUACCUGGUAAUUCUGGAAGCCAUAUGCAAGCUCGAUCCCUAGCAUCUGUAGCAUUAAGAAAAGCACUAUCCAAGGGAUAUGAAAACCAUUUUGAUUACUUCACCAUUAGUUACAACGAAGAACUUUCUGGUCUAUAUGGAGGUGUUCUACAGAGUCAAACCCAAUUUGCCGCAGCUUGUGUAACAAAAAUACUAAGCUUGUAUAAAAAUCAUAAAUAUACAAAAUUAAUACCUUCUUCUGUAAUAUUAAUUGGCCAUUCAAUGGGAGGGCUAAUUGCAAAGAGAUUAUUAGCAUAUCCAAGUACUAUUAAUACAACAAACAUUGCCAUAACUUUAGCCACACCCUUAGAAGCACCAAUUGUAAAUUUUGAUUCAGCAAUGAAUGACUAUUACAAGCUCAUAGAAUUAGAAUGGAAUGCAUAUGUAAAACCAUUUAAAUAUGUGAGUGAUAAGAAGUAUCUCAUAAGCCUUGGAAGUGGCCCAAGGGAUGUAUUGGUACCUGCUGGCUUGACUUCAUCCAACAAUAGUUAUGUCAAUGCUGUGGCCACAGCAAUUCCAGGAGUGUGGGUAUCUCCAGAUCACGUAAGCAUGGUGUGGUGCAAGCAGUUAGUGUUGACAAUAAACCGUUAUCUUUUUGAUAUCGUAGAUCCAAGGACUGAUCAAAUCACUGAUAGUAGCGAACUUAUUAAAACGAAAUUGCGCCAAUAUUUUCAGGCGAAUCGAUCAAUGACAUUGAACCCGCGUAUUUCGCGCGCAAACGUAAACAUGAAUGUUGAUGCUUUCUGGUACGAAGAUAAUAGGAGAGUGUAUCAGAUUUCAAGACCCGACAUUGACAGAACGAUAUAUUUGAUGAUACGACUAGUGACUCUACCGCAAAAUCGAUUCGUGGCAGUCGAAACCGUAAAUGUCGAUGACAAGGACUGGCUGUUCGGAUGCAACGCGAAGGAUGUUCAUAGCACGUAUAGGUAUUGUAAAUCAGCGACAUCUCUAACGGAACUCAGUCGCUGGAGCGGCGCUGCAACUGACUUUGGUCGAAGAAAACUUGCAACAAUUAAUUUGCAUAACGUUCUAGAUGUACACCCAGAAUGGACCCACGUGAUCGUUAAAGUCUCACCUACCAGGAAACCUAUAACACUCAACGUCGAUAUAAACGAUUACGCUUCAAGACAGAUAAAUGUCAAUCUACCCUCAGAUUUAUCGUUUAGUAAACACGUGAUAAAACAGGAAACGGAAGCUAAUGUUCUAUAUUACGAACUUUUAUUAAAGGAUUUUGAUAUGGUACACCAGGCGUAUUUAUUGUAUGUAGAACCAACUGCCAGUUGUCAAGCGAGCCAGUAUCAUGUGUCCGCGGAGGCUCAUGUGCCGUGGGCGAAGAAUCAUGAAUAUUAUCAUUAUUUCACCCAUUUAAAGCGUUCUCCGAUGAAAUUAAGGCUCUUCAAAAGUAACCCCAACAUUACUUCCGGGUCUCAAGCAUCGGAAGGUGUUAAAAUUACGUUAUUACUGGAUCCAAAGUGUACUUUCACAAUAAGUAUAUCAGGAUCAUGGUAUUAUCGAUUAGCUCAAUUGGCUCGUAACUAUACGCCCGUUCUAGUACCUUAUGUAGCUGCUAUAAUGCUAUUAGCAGCUAGGAGCAUAUUAACCAAUUUGAAGGAGAAGGGAUCUUGUAUUUCCAUCCAUGGUGCGUUGAUGAGCGAAGGUGUUAAGCCAUAUUAUGCCCUGGUAUUCGCUAGAUUGGCUACUAUGGGAUUGAUGUCGGUGCCACUAUUAACAAUUCUUCUAGAGAAUGCGAGUUGGAACAACAUGGAAAUCCAGUACUUCACGCGAUCUCUCCUAGUGUUGCCAGCGUACAUGACAGCACUUGGAAUAUUAAAUGUUGCAACAGCUGCUACCAUUGCCGUUAUGGUAUUUUCUUCACAGUUGGCCCAUCGGUUGCUUUUUAAAAUAGUAUGGCGUGGUGGUAACGGUUUAGCAGAAAAAGUGGCAUCCGGCUUACAAAAAGUGCCUUUAGUAGUGAGUGCAGCGCUUAUAUGCGCAGUGCCACUGUCGUGCGGCGCCGCCGCCUUAGCUGCCGGCGCUGCUUUCUACGCGUUUAUGUUAUCAAAGAUGUAUGAAGAAUAUCUCGAGGAUUAUGUUUACAAACUAAUGGCGAAAAUUGCAAGCAAAAUAUGUAAAAUUUUUAGAAAGAAACAAAAACAUGAAAUCAAAGAGCAAACUAUAGAUAAAAACCAAGUCCAAUCGGAAACAAAAGAGAUAAAUAGAGAAAUAAAUGAUGUUAAAAAGAGCAUACUCGAAAAUAAGGAUGGGAUAAAUAACGAUUCUUCAAAAGCAUUAGUACAGGCAAAAGAUGAUUGUAAAAAUAAGGAAAAUUCUAAAGAAGAAAAUACUAAAAAUCAUGAUAACAAAGCUGAUGUAGAUGAUGGUCUAAAUAAUAUAAAUUUCCACAUGAUGUUAUUCUUUCUCUGGGUGUGUGUGGCUAUAGUUAAUAUACCAGCUCUAUUGACUUGGGCCAGGAAUUUUAAGUAUAGCAUGAUUCUAAAACCAGAUACAUCUUACCACACUGGUAUGAUUAUGUCAGCUUGUUCCGGAAUUAUUUGGCAGAUGGAUGGUCCCAGGAAAAACUUGAGAUACUAUGAUGCAGUCUGUUCCUUAUUAUUUACUAUGGCAGUAUUUAUAAUUGCUCUUGGACCAUUCUCUUUAACCAUUGUGAAUUAUGGAGUGACUUUCAUGUUUGCUAUUAUUACUAUACAACAGCUAUGUGACCAUGAAGAAACAAAUAAGGAGACACAAGAAGAGAAAAAGACAGCAGAAGAGAAAGAGCUGAUUUCAGAAACAAAUCAAGGUGAAACUAAAGAACCUGAAGUUGAGAUUACGAGAGAAAAUAAAGAGGAUAGUAAAGAAAGCAGUUAUUCUCAAGAAACAUCUCAAAACACUAAUGAAAAUACAGCUGAUAAAGAAGAACCACCUGACAGUUGUGAAGUGUGCAGUGAGAAUAGGUUUUAUAGUAUGUUUAUACGACUCAGAGAAAAACUUAGUUUUAGUAAUGAUUGAAAGAGACCUUAUUAGUCACUGACAUUUUAAUUUUUAUAGGUAGGUAGAUAUAGUACUCCAGUGGUAUUUGUUUUUCAUUUUAAAGUAAUUAUAACAGAUUUUUGUAAAUAUUGUCUUUAAAAUAAGGCCUUAGGUUUUAUGAAACAGAGAGAUUAUACAUCAAAGUAUCCUUUUUUAUUACAUGCAUUUGAAAAGAGAUUUCUUACUUUUAUUAACUAAUAUAUUGAUUGUUUGUGAAUUGAAAUGCCAAUGCAAAGCCUUUUUAUUUCUAUUAACUUAAAUAACUAUUGGACAUUGAGAUUUAAUAGAAAUUAUUGUG